UCCCAGGAUUCAUCGGCUAUUCAUUGUGCUUAAUGUACAUGUUUCUGCACCGUGCAUUUAGGAGAUCCCAGAGAAGAAUCCAAAACGGCUGCAGGGGAAAGACCACCAAACAUGCCUACAGAAACACUACCGACAGGUAGCAUGGUGAAGCCGGUCAGCCCCGCCGUCACUUUCACAUCUGCCGUUCCUCUCCGCAUCCUGAACAAAGGACCCGACUAUUUUCGCAGGCAGGCGGAGCCUAAUCCAAAAAGACUGAGUGCAGUGGAGAGGCUGGAAGCCGACAAGGCGAAAUACGUCAAGAGCCAGGAGGUCAUCAACGCCAAGCAGGAGCCUGUGAAGCCGGCGGUGCUGGCAAAACCACCGGUCUGUCCCGUGGCCAAGCGAGCACUGGGGAGCCCCACCUUGAAAGUCUUCAGCAACAACGCGAAGACUGAGAGUGGUGUCCAGAGAGAAAAUCUGAAACUCGAGAUUUUGAAGAACAUCAUCAACAGCUCUGAAGGUUCCAGCUCGGGUUCAGGGCAUAAGCAUGGCCCCCGAAACUGGCCGCCCCACAGAGCUGAUUCAACGGAGCUGAACCGACACUCUUUAGCGGAAUCUUUGAAGGUUUACCCCACACAGGGCCGUAGCAGCCCGCAGGAGAGCAGCUCCAACGUCAGCAGAAGGCUCCUAGAUCAGUCGGCAGAGACUUUCUUGCAUGUCUCUCACAGCUCCUCAGACAUUAGGAAAGUAACUAGUGCAAAGCCCUUAAAAGCAAUACCCUGCAGUAGUUCUGCCCCACCUCUGCCUCCAAAGCCCAAAAUCGCUGCCAUCGCCACCCUGAAAUCCCCAGAGAUUGAGGCAGUCGAGUCUGGAUGCGGAGUUAGUAGAAGACCCUCCCUACAACGAUCAAAAUCAGACUUAAGCGACAGAUACUUUCGUGUCGAUGCAGAUGUUGAGCGAUUCUUUAACUACUGUGGACUGGAUCCUGAAGAGCUUGAAAACCUCGGGAUGGAAAACUUUGCAAGGGCUAACUCUGAUAUUAUAUCCCUCAACUUUCGCAGUGCAAGCAUGAUUAGCUCAGACUGUGAACAGUCUCAGGACAGCAACAGUGACCUUAGAAACGAUGACAGUGCCAAUGACCGUGUGCCAUACGGCAUUUCUGCCAUUGAAAGGAAUGCCAGAAUCAUCAAGUGGUUAUAUAGCAUCAAACAAGCUAGAGAGUCACAGAAAGUGUCCCAUGUGUGAGAGGAAAUCCACCGUAGAAAAAGCAAGGACUGUAUCUUUGUCUGUGAAUAUUCAGUUGUGAAGGGUUGUGAAGUCUACUUGAAGUCUUGUACACUUCUCAAAUCUCUUCGUGUUGCUUGUUGUGCAAUGUUUCCAAGUUGCAUGCCUGUCAACAUGUGAGCUGACCUGGCUUCCACUUGAACAAUAACUAACUACAAAGCCUGGCUGAGCAUACACACUAUCUGCCAAAAGUUUAAGACGAGAAUCUAAUUAGGGCUUCAGUAUAAUCAAAGUGUUUACAUGGAAAGGUUAUAUGACUUCUUUGGUAUUUAUGUGGUUCCUUGUGGAUUUUAUAUGUCACUUUUUGUCUUAAUACAGUUAUUGUCAACUGAUGUUACUAGCUUUGAAGUUGAAACAGAAUCCCUUUGGGGGAAGGAAAAGCAAAAUUGGCCAAAAUAAGAGGUUUAGGCAUAUGACGGUAGGCAAAGCAGCCUUAUCUCUUGUAGAAAGUGCAUUAUUGGCACAUGUAAAACUGUUUCUAAAAGGCAAAGAAUGUUCUGUUCUUAAAUUAUGUAUCGUUGUUAAACUAUAUAUCCCUACUUGCAGUAAGGGACUGUUCAGUAAAGGUUUCUUUUUUCCUGGGUAAGCUCCCUCAAUUUUAUAGCCAAAGUAGUCUAGUGAGUCUGCUCGACCUCUCAUAAACUAAAUGAAUCUUGCAUUUGGGUUGGUAUAAGCAUUUUAAUGGUUUUUUUGUUGGAAAAGCUUAAAGAAGGUUGGAGUCAACAGAUGGAAAAAAUUGCAGGUGCAGGAUUUUGCGUGUUUGUUUUUUACUCAAAGAUUCCUGGUCUUAAACUUUUGACAGGAAUGAUUAGAUCCUAUAGCUGAUAUUGAAUGCCUUUAUUAGUCGAACACAUCAUGACUACAAACUCCAUGCUGUCUUUUAAUUCUUUUUGUAGACCUAUUUGAACAGUUAAUGAACAAAAAUGGAAACACACAGCCAUAUCAAUAUAAUGCCUCCUAUUCAGAAGUAAAUACACUCAGUAGCUGAACUAUAUCUGAAAAAUUGUGAUUAUGUUGUCUUGCAUAUGUUAUAUCUAAGGCUGUGAAAGUUUGUUACAGCUCUAGGAAAGUGUAGAAACAUGACAGUAUGUAGCUUUUCUUUUUCGGUCCUGCCCCCCCGCCCUGAUGGUUAGUGCUGCAGGUCAACCUGUUACAAAUUUUUGACAAUCUGUGUCUUCCCAGUGGCUUAAUUAACUAUCAUUUCAACUGACAGUGGUGGUAUGGUAGCGGAGAAGUUGAAAGUACAGUGGUCUGCUUCAUUAUUAUUGUAUACAUGCUUUGAAGUAAAUUGCAGCACUACCUUAUACUUCAUCAGCUAAUAGGAAACUUUUUUAUUGUGUAAAUGCUGUAAGACUUUGUAUAUACUUCAGUUGUUACGAAAUCUUUAAAACGAAGAGUGUUAUGCUAAUAAAUAGCUCCUGGUGCAGGUAUGGUAGGGUUUUUGUUCUUUUAUUUACCCCUCCCAUUCUUAAAACUAUAUCGGGAACUCAAUUGCAGUGUGUUUUAGUGCUGUAGAAGGUCUUGGUUAAAUAAUAGUUCCAGUAAAAGGUGUCUUUUACUAAAGUGCUUUUAAGAAUAUAAUUUUUUAUAAAAUAACUAUAGCAGCAUGAUCUGUCUGAAGAACUAGAAGAGAUUUUCAAGAUUUCUAAAAUAGCUGGCUUCUUCCUUACCUAGCAAUGUUACUGUUCCCGUUUAUAGCAUAUGUUCAUAAUGAAUCACUGCAGUCUUCUGAAUUAUUCUUCAGUAGUGCAUAUUUAUAUACUUGAAUAUUAAAAAUGUUUUACAAAGUCGGGUGCUAUCUUUUCUCUAAGGAGCCUGUAGCCCAACCUCUUAGCAAUAGCCACAGUUAAUGCAGGUGAGCCUAGAAGCAGAGCCAACGCAGUCAUUUUUUGCCUAUGGAAUUAUCCUACAUCAAGUUUAUGUACUUACUUUCCAAAUGAUUGUCUGGGGAGGGGGGAAGCACACAUUCAGUUUCAGGAGGCUACUCUAUGGUUUUUACAGUUGGCUUGACAACCGAAGACUUAGAACAUUCCUAGUUCAG